CUGACCUUCAGCUCCCAUUUAUAGGGGCCUCGGUGUACUCGGGGAACUGAAAUGUUGCAUCUUGAAAAUAUCCUUCCAUGAAAACGAUAAAUACGGGGUCAGUACGUUUAGCCAUACUCAAGAUUUGAUAUUUUCAAUAUUUGCGAAGCCAUUGAUCCAACCAGCAUACCGUACACACGUCAUGAGACUACUGAGUCAACACAAGCAUGAACAAACUCCAGUCCAUGCUGCUUACUGCCUUGGAGGACUUUUGGCGAGUCGCUGAUAUCUUAGUACAGCAUGAGCCCGUACUAGAUACUAAAAGUUUCUAUUGUUUAAUUUUCGCACAAAGCUUCCAGCUACAUCAUCAGAUCUUGGAAGUUACUCAAUCCGAGGCAAUUUUAGAUUUCCUCGAGAAUAGAUUAAUAAAGCUAGAGUCGUUCAUCGUCUCGGAGAACCUGCAGACUUGCCAUAUACAAGAGGACCCGGCAGUACCAUACCCUAACUUGGUUGCACUACAUCAUCAACUUGUACAAAUCAAGGACAACAAUCAUCCAGACAGUAUCAGAUGUCUGAGAAAAUGUAUCGAUUUUGGUACAAAGGAAAAUCAAACGGAAUUAGUUGAUUGGAUGAGGGAAAGCAAUGAUUUUUUCAAGGUUCAAGCACUUAAAUCAGCUAUCCCGCAAGAGGUUGACCUAGCUAUCCCUCUGAAAGUGAGGCAGAGGCCUCCGGAUGGAAUUUGGCCCGCAGCAAGCUCGCUAUUCAACGUGCUUGAUUCAAGGAGGCGCUGUGCAUGCAAUCCUGCCCAUACAUAUGCCGUGCAGCUUUGCCUAGAAACUCAUAGAACGAAACUAAUGGGCUGCGAUUUCGACCUGUACCUGAGCCUUGGGCAACUUUGGCAGGAAGCUCGGGUUCAGACAGCUGCACCUCUACCCUCUAGUCUACCCUCCCAACAUCCUAAGAUUACGAUUAACGACAACGGGCGGAAGGCCGUUAAUACUGGAACCCACUGUCGCGAACGAAUGCGCAUGGUCGAAGAACUCUAUAGGGAUAUUAUCAAGAUCACAAAAACAUCGCCUGACUAUCGUCUAAGGUUUCGCUUAGAGAAGGAUAGCCUUUAGAAACUUCAGUCGGAGGAAAGUAAUUUCAAGAUCGACAAGUCGAAGCCACCUUUAUCUUUAGGUCAGAUAUUAAACGAGAGGUCGAACGUGUUGAACGA